AUGGAUCUUCAAGAAGAAAGUUCUAGAAUAUUCGGCCCGGACACAAUGAGGAAUCUUUCGUCAUUAUCAUCUUCAUCGACUGUCUUUUUUUCGGCAGCUCAGUCAUCUUUCUCAACUCUGUCCACACGUUCGGAAAAUCCAUGCCAGGAGGACACAAGCCUAACUAUAGAGUCCCUCGACAAAAAUUCGGUUAAUCCCGACCCACAAACUCUAGCUCGAUUUGCUUCAACUGAGUUAUUAUGCCCUCGUGCAGAUAUCCCACCUGCCUCGAAUACCCGAUUAUCUGAACUUGUUUCCUCCACAGGAGUGUAUAACAGUACUCACCAUUCAAACGAAUAUUCACGUAAGAGUGGUAAAAGGGGGAAAAAGAUGGGUAAACUUCUCGAAAUCUCGGCUCAUCCGCCCUCAUUUUCUUCCAACCGUCUGAGAAGUUGUGACGUGUACAUCGGUUUUCACGGCCAUAAGCCUUUACUGCUUAGAUUCACGAACUGGCUUCGUGGGGAGUUAGAAGCUCAAGGUUUGAGUUGUUUCGUAACAGACAGGGCUCGGUGUAGAAACUCCCGCAAGCACAGUGUUGUGCUAAAAGCCAUGGAUGGUAGCACGUUUGGGGUUGUUAUAUUGACUAAAAAUUCUUUCAAGAAUCCUUACACGAUCGAGGAGCUUAAGUUUUUUUCCAAUAAAAAGAAUUUGGUCCCUUUGUAUUUCGACUUGAGUCCACACGACUGCCUUGUUAGGGAUAUAAUCGAGAAAAGAGGCGAGCUUUGGGAAAAAUAUGGUGGCGAGCUGUGGGUACAGUAUGGAGGAGUCGAGAAAGAAUGGAGAGAUGCCGUAAAUGCCCUUUCUUGCGCGGACGAUUGGAAAUUGGAGGCGUAUGAUGGUAAAUGGCGGGAUUGCAUUUUACGAGCUGUCGUGCUUUUGGCUUUGAGGUUGGGGAGGAGAAGUGUGGUUGAUAGGCUGACCAAGUGGAGAGAGAAAGUAGAGAGAGAAGAGUUCCCUUUCCCUCGAAACGAAAACUUCGUCGGUAGGAAAAAGGAGCUUUCCGAGCUCGAGUUCAUGCUUUUCGGCGAUGUCUGCGGAGAAGAAGGAAAGCUCGAUUAUUUCGAAAUCAAGGCAAAGUCGAGACGGAAAAAUUCGAAAAUUGAGGGCACCAAAAUGAGGAAAGGGAAAGAACCCGUCGUGCAGUGGAAGGAAUCCGAAAAGGAAAUCGAGAUGCAAAACCCGGAAAUUUCUCAAACGCCGCAAGUUUUCGCUCCCGAAUCUAAAACCAUCUCGAAAAAGCAUAACCGAAGAAAACAAAGGUCGGCGAAAAUCGUUUACGGCAAGGGGAUCGCCUGCGUGUCGGGCGAGCCCGGGAUUGGGAAAACCGAGCUUCUUCUCGAAUUCGCCUACCGACAUCAUCAGAGGUAUAAAAUGGUGUUGUGGAUCGGAGGUGAAAGCCGGUACAUUCGGCAAAAUUAUCUCAACUUGUGGUCUUUUCUAGAGAUCGACGUUGGGGUCGAGAGCUUUGCCGAAAAGGGACGAACCAAAAGCUUCGAGGAACAAGAGGAGGCCGCCGUGGCCCGAGUGCGAAAGGAAUUAAUGCGGAAUAUUCCGUUCUUGGUAAUAAUCGACAAUUUGGAGAGCGAGAAGGAUUGGUGGGACCACAAGCUCGUCAUGGAUUUGUUACCUCGUUUUGGAGGCGAGACGCACGUCAUCAUAUCCACUCGUCUCUCUCGCGUGAUGAAUCUCGAGCCUCUAAAACUCUCUUUCCUCUCGGGAGUCGAGGCGAUGUCAUUAAUGCAAGGAGGAGGUAUAAUACGAGACCAAUCGAUCACGGAAAUCGACGCUUUACGCGUUAUCGAAGAAAAACUCGGGCGGCUAACCCUUGGACUUGCUAUAGUCGGGUCGAUUCUUUCCGAGCUCCCGAUUAAUCCGAGCCGUCUAUUGGACAUGUUGAAUCGAAUGCCGUCGGCCUCGAUCGAGAUAACGGCGUGGAGCGGUCGAGAAAAUAAUUGGCUUAGACGAAACACAUUCCUUUUGCAGCUUUUCGAGGUUUGCUUCUCGAUUUUCGACCACGCGGACGGGCGCGGGAGCAGCCUCGCGACAAGAAUGGCUCUCGCGAGCGGAUGGUUCGGGCCCGGGCCCGUCCCGAUUCCGAUUCUAUCCCUAGCGGCCCACAAAAUCCCCGAAAAGACCAAACGGGCCCGACUAUGGAGAAAAAUAGUGCGUUCGAUGACGUGUGGGGUUGCAUCAUCCUAUGCCCGGAGAUCGGAGUCCGAAGGAGUUUCUCUACUCUUGAGAUUCAAUAUGGCGAGAGCCUGCGCGAAGGACGGGCUCGUCCAGCCCAAUGGGCUUCUGAGGCUGUAUGCUCGGGCCAGGGGUGGGCCCGGGACUGCGAGGCCCGUGGUUCGGGCUGUGAUUGCCCGUGGGUCGAUACACCAUAACCCGGACCAUAUGUGGGCCGCGUGCUUUUUGGUGCUCGGGUUCGGGAAGGACCCUGCGUUGGUCGAGCUGAGGGUGCCGGAAUUGCUUUUUUUCGUGAAAGAGGUGAUUGUGCCGCUGGCUGUGAGGGCGUUUGCGACAUUUUCGCGGUGUGGGGCGGCGGUGGAGGUGCUGCGGCUGUGCACGGAGGCUCUGGAGGCGGCGGACGAGGCGUUUGUGGGCCCGGGUGAGAAGUGGCUGGACGGGUCGCUUUGCUGGAGGCCCGUGAGGACGGAGGCCCAACUCAACCCGUGCCUGUGGCAGGAGCUGGCGUUGGGCCGGGCUGGGGUUUUGGAGGUGCGGGCCAAGCUGAUGGCGAGGGGGGCCCAAUUUGAUAUCGGGGACGAUCUUAUUAGGAAGGCGAUUUUUAUUAGGACGUCGAUAUGCGGAGAGGAUCAUCCGGACACGGUGGCGGCGAGGGAGACUCUGAGCAGGAUUACGAGGCUGGCAAGUGGUGUUCAGAGCCGUACCUGA